ACUGACAAAGUGCUUCUCAGUUCUCAUUUCCCAAGUUGUGGUUGUUAUGAAUCUGGUCUUAUUUGGAUUUUGGGGAAGACAGAUACAGAAAAAGAAUGGCAUCAGUUUUCCUCUCCUGCAAUGCACGUCCUACUCGUUCUAUCAAACUAGGGUUUCAUCAAAUUCCCUGCUCCCCAGCUGAUUCUUCCUCACGGAAUCUCCACUUAUCUUCAAUUUUCAGGUUCAAGAAUGGUGCAAAAUUGAUGACAAAAAGAAAGUUGCCUUUGCUACAUGCAUCAAACAAGUCUUCAGAAGAACCUAUUGGGAAGACAGAAGCAAUUACAAGUAGUGACACUGGAAGUGCCCAAGGACCUCCUUUUCUUACUAUUUUGGCUGGGAUUGUCGUUUUUGCCCUCCUACUUUGGGUCGUAGGAUCCCUUGUGUCGUGGGUUUUUGGUCUUUUCGGUUUGAUUUUCUCAAAAUAAAUAACGUUUCAUUUUAUUCCCAUCUGUAAUGCAAUUAAAAGUUAAACUCGGAUUGCAUUUUAGCUUCUCUAGUUUGUAAUUUGACCUUUUGUUGCAAGUUGUUAUGAAGACUUUUAGUUCCACAAACACUUUGACC